AUGAACACCUGGAAUUACACAAACAAGCCUGAUUUCAUCCUGAUGGGACUGACAGAGUCCAAGGAGGUCCAGCUGGUCCUCUCUGUGCUGUUUCUCCUGAUAUACCUGGUUACGGUGCUGGGGAACACAGGGAUGAUUCUCAUCAUUCAUCUAGAUGCCCAGCUUCACACCCCGAUGUAUUUCUUUCUCACCCACCUGUCAUUCCUGGACCUCAGUUACUCAACUGUCAUCACACCUAAAACCUUAGAGACCCUGCUGACGUCCAAGAAGAACGUUUCUUUCAUGGGCUGCUUCACCCAGCUGUACUUUUUUAUUCUUUUGGCAGCUACUGAAUGCUUUAUUCUCGCAUCAAUGGCCUAUGACCGCUACGUAGCUAUCUGCAACCCUCUACAUUAUCCAGUUAUUAUGUCCACAAGACUCUGCCAUGGUCUGCUUACUGCGUCCUAUGUAAUUGGAACUAUGGAUUCUUCUGUCACUGUGUUUAGCAUGGUAUCAAUGAAUUUCUGCAAAUCCAAUGCCAUCCAUCAUUUUUACUGUGACACAUCUCCACUCCUAUUUCUCUCCUGCACUGAUACACAUGGCAUUGAAAUCAUUAUAUUUAUCUUUGCGGGUUCUACAAUUCUGCUGUCCCUUAUCCUGGUUUCUGUAUCAUAUGUGCACAUUCUGUCUACUAUUUUGAAAAUCACUUCCACUUCAGGAAAGCAAAAAGCCUUCUCCACGUGUGCCUCUCAUCUCCUGGGGGUCACUGUGUUUUACAGCACUCUGAUCUUUACUUAUUUGAAACCAAGUAAGUCCUAUUCUUUGGGAAAGGACCAAGUGGCUUCUGUGUUUUACACUAUUGUGAUCCCCAUGCUGAACCCACUCAUUUAUAGUCUCAGGAACAGAGAGGUGAAAAGUGCUGUCAUCAGAGUCAUGCAGAAGAGAGAGGGAUUCAGCAGUUAG